AUGAACACGACAUUUUCAGCCGUUCACAACAUGGUACCACUACCAUCCAUCGCUGCUAGGAUCACGGCGCCUCCCGAGGAGUUGAACAUUAUUAUCCCCAAGUCGGAGACAUGCCCUGUUAUUCCAGCAUCACCUGGAUGCAUCACGCAGACACCAUCUGGGUCGACGAAUAGUCCUUCCACCCGGAGGAGGAACCGAAGGCGCUCGUCCAGUUCUUGUGCUCGUCCUCCCCGUGUUGAUGUAAGACCUGUGCCUUACGCCAACUCGCACCUCAUCUUCUCGCCACGGCCAUACGAGAGCCUGUAUGUGGAAAGAGCAUACCUCACUAGCGCUCUACAGCAGCAUUCUAGCCGUGCUGCAUACCUGAUGAGGCAGUACUCCAUCGUCGAGUCGCAGCUCCAGGGCCUUCCCGGAGACAAGGGCCGACGCAAACUACGCAAGCAGCUCGGCCUCCUUAAGUCAAGGAUCAACGAAGCCUUUGAACAGGAGAGGGCCAUCUUCUCCCGCCUCACCGAGCUCUACAUGGAGAUUCAGAGCCGCGAGAGCUGGAUGCAGAUCGGGUACCAGCAGCAGCAGGCGUGGUCCAUGGACAGCCCCAGCAUCGGCACCCCUUCUGUCUACAGCCCCAUGUCCUGCAGUCUACCCACCCCGACCACGCCCCUAAACGGAGCAUGCGCAGAGUUUGUCCCCAUGGGCUACUUUGGUGACGUCCAUCAUCUGCCCGAGUCCUCUCUAGGCAAGGAAGAAACCGAGGCGAGCCUUGGCCUGGAGACUGUUGACGAGGCUGGCGAGGAUCUCUUAUGCAGACCUGAUUCGCCCUGCGAAAGCGUUGAAUCAGACACGACUCCCGCGACUCCAGUUGCAGCCGACGCCCCGAUUGUCGAGGCAACUGACUUGGGAGAGACAUCUGGUGAUGGCCGCGCCUUGGCUGUCAGGAAGAGACGGUUCAGCCUCCCUUACCUCCAGAACGCAUGGCCCGAAACAUGA